UUUUGUUAUUUAUGUAACAAUCAGUUCUCAUGAACAUGUAAAACUAGUCUGAUUCAAACAAAUUAACUUACACUGCACGCUGUAAGGACAUGCACCUCGUAUACAGAAUGACUAAUGCCAUUGUCGAUCUGUACAUCCUUUUAGAUUAAUAUUUAUCAGAAUAUUAUUUAUUGAAUUUUAGCUAUUUUGUCUAGCUAGAUAAUUAUAUGAAUUUUUAACAACCUAAAAAUCCUUCGAUUCUUAGUACCUUUCAAUUCUAUCUUAAACCAGGAACAUUUAUUUUGUUUGUAACUGGGAGAUCCAAUUGAUUGGGUAAGCACACAUCGAUACCAUCACCAGUUUACAGAGGCUGAUAGGGACCAGUGCCGUGCUAAAGAUUUUGAGAGCGUAAGACAAAUUUUUAAAAUAAACUUAUUUUACAACUACAAUGAAAAUAAUUUUCUAAUACAAUAUAUCACAUUCAUCAAAUACACACGUCUAACACUGUAAAAGAAUAAGUUUAUUAAGUAAAUAUAUUAUAUUAUGUCAUAUAAAAAAUACAUUGAUUCAGAAAGUGAGUUAGUCAAAUCUCUCGAAUUGUUUUUCUUUUAAAUAAAUCUAAACCACUAUACUAUAAAUUAUUUUAAAUUUUAGGGCUCUAAAAAAAUCAUAUUAAUCGGGGAUCCGAGGCGAGUGACUUUUUCGAUGGCACGCCUCUGAUAGGGACCCACAUAGUCCUAAAGAAGGGUUUUGGUUCAGCCAUCACCUAUAUAUGGCUAUUUACCGGUUAUCUUGUAGAAAAGGCAAUUAACUAUUGGGUGUAAUUAAGAAGAUUAGUUUACUUUAAUCACAAUCAAAGCUCAAUAUCAUAUUGUAAUGGCACAGUGUGGGAGAAGGACAAAUGUGGAAGACUUAAAGAGGCAAUGGUAUUAUAGAUUCCUUCAAAGAACGGUUCUUUACCACAUUAGCAUUUGGUUUCCUCCUCUAUUACUUUGGUGGUUUGUCUUCUUACUUGGGGAAUGAUGAUAUUUAACUCUUUGUUUUUCUUUCUGCUUUAUUUGUUCAUUACUUUCCAAAAGAAUAUCUUGAAGAUAUAUAUACCUACAAGAAUGCGUUUGUCUUCUUACUUGGGGAAUGCGUUUGUCUAUUAUUAGUAACAAGUAUUAAUAAAAAUGACAAAUAGUUGUAAUGUUGGCGUAUAUGUAGGGUAUUGGGGGUAGCAAUGGAGCAUCAUGUGACUUGUGCAUCAACUCUCUUUGUCAUAUUUGGGGAAGCCGAACCUGGAAGACCAAUGACACUUCUUGUAACGUUUGGUAUGUAAAUACGUAUCUUUGCUCAAUAAUGAUUCAUCAAGAAUACAUAUACUAAUGAAAUUUCAUUUGGUAUGUACAAAUUCUUCAGUUGCUUUCAAGUUACAAAAGAGAUUGGGAUUUCUAUAUUGGCUUUAGAUAGAUUAUAAUGAAAGAUGCCUCAAGCUUUAAUUUUGGUUAAGGUAACACUUGUAAUACUAUUGUACUAUGCGUGGUGUUUUGUUGUCAUCCCGUGUGUGGUACUGAAAGUCUGAAACCAACCCUACUCAAUUAAUUUACGUCCGUUUUCGUAUGAGCGAAAUUUUAGUAUGCGUAAUGAAGUUUGCAAACCACAUCGUGACAAAGCAAUGUCAGUAUUGUAAGCCAGUAGAUUUAUUAUUGGCUUAUUUAUAAACAUAUAAUACUGUCGUUGUUAGAUUGUUUUUCAGGAAAACAUGCAAGAAAAUUAGAAUUAAGCAACAAGAAAACAUUUGACCAAAAAAAAGCAACAAGAAAACGAAAGAAGCGGAUUGAACAAAAGCAGGCAGAAAAAUGGUUGCUACCGUGAUGAAGAAGGCUAUGUACGUACUAGAGUUACUUUGUAAUGAAAAAGUUACAAACUAUGAUGUGAGAAGCUUUAGUUGGCAAAACAUGUACAGGGUUAAUUACAUUACCAAAACAAUAUUGAAAAUAAAACGUCUAUGAGCCAAACCUAAGAUAUAGCACUUUAUUUAUUAAUCCAUUGAUUUCCUCCUCAGACUCCAAACAAACCCAAAAAUGAAGCUCGAAACUAUUUUUAUUGCGCUAGCCCACAACUAUAGUAUCCAAAAGUUCGAAAAUGAAACCUUAACGCUCUAUAUAUGAAGAAAUAGAUAGUAAAAACUACACAAGAAAGUAUGCAUGGAAAGGCUAUAUUAAAGAAAUUGAUGAUUAAGUGAAUUCUCUGUAAAGAAUUUUAAAGCGUGAUAUGUGAUAUCAGAAAAAUACGAUACACAAAAUAUUAACAUGCAAAUACUUUCGUGUUUGUAUUUAUAUUAAUAUUUUAUUCUUACUAAAUUAAAUUCGUAUUGGUUAUAUAAAUAUAUAACACUGUAAUCAUAUAAUCUAAGAUAGUUAAUAGAUACUAUAUCACAAAUAAACAUAGAGGAAAAAAGUUUAAACUAUGGACGCUUCACACUGAUUAAAUAUUCGAGACAGUUUAAAUGGGUAGUCGACAAAAAAAAAAAGAUUAAAUAUUCGAGACAUUAGUAGAAGAAAAGUUUUCCAAAUUUGGAUACUUUAAACAUUUAGAAGGUAUCAAAUUGCGUUUUUAAAUUUAUGACGUAAAAGCAUUCGUAAAGUAUUCAUAUAAGUUACAAAUGUUCAUGCUUGUACAUGUGCCUAAUAUGCUUUGCUCGUAAUUCUCGGACUAAUCAAUCAAUCGGGAUCGAUACGCAAGACAAUGAAUAUUUGAAAUGAAGAAAACUGGCCAACCAAAUGAAUUUAUUUCUCUCCUAACUACAUUCUCAUUUGGAGCCAAUAGGCACAUACGAGGUAGAGUGUACAAGUGUAUUAUCUCGUUGUUAAGUAGUGGUGAUUACUCAAAUGCAUAGCAUUAAGCCUUAAUGCACCAGCAUACUCCCAUAUAUAUAUACAAUCAAACAUUUGCUAAAUCAUAUAACUAAUACUAUCUCAAAACACAAACCCAUUAGUUCUUAAUGGGUGACGCAACCAAGGAGGAUGUCUCUGGCUCUAGCCGAAAAGUUGUGGGAAAGAAAAGAAGAGCGUAUUUCUUUAGGAAAUGGACAAAAAUCGAUGUAAUGAGAGCCUCCUCUGUUGGGACCGUGCAUUUCUUGUGUCUCUUGGCUCCUUUUUACUUCAAAUGGGAAGCUCUCCUAUUCGGUGUUAUUCUCGCUUUUCUGACUUCCCUCUGCAUUACGUUCUCGUACCAUAGAAACUUGGCUCAUCGGAGCUUCAAGCUGCCUAAAUGGCUUGAAUAUUCAUUUGCUUAUUUUGCCCUUUUCGCGCUUCAGGGUCAUCCAAUAGAUUGGGUGAGCACACAUAGGUUCCAUCAUCAGUUCACAGAUUCGGACCGUGACCCACAUAGCCCUAUGGAAGGAUUCUGGUUCAGUCAUGUCUUCUGGAUAUUCGACACCAAUUACAUCAGAGAAAAGUGUGGAGGACGUGACAACGUGAUGGACUUGAAGCAGCAAUGGUUCUAUAGGUUUCUACGAAACACCAUUGGUCUCCACAUCAUGACGUUUUGGACCCUCGUCUACUUGUGGGGUGGUCUACCUUACCUAACUUGCGGAAUUGGUGCUGGAGGAGCGAUCGGUUACAACGGGACAUGGCUCAUCAACUCAGCUUGCCAUAUCUGGGGCUCACGAGCAUGGAACACCAAGGACACAUCUCGUAACAUUUGGUGGCUGGGACCAUUCACGAUGGGAGAAAGCUGGCACAACAACCACCAUGCCUUUGAAGCCUCAGCUAGGCAUGGACUUGAAUGGUAUCAGGUAGACUUGACUUGGUACCUCAUUUCAUUAUUCCGGGCUCUCGGUUUAGCCACUGACGUCAAAUUGCCAUCAGAAGCUCAGAAACGAAAGUUGGCUUUCCCUCGUUAAUCUCAUCUCUGAUUCUAUCUAUUUCGCUUUCAACUUUGUGUGUUCUUAAUGAUAUGUACUCUGUGACUUUAUUUAUGUAAAACUGUGUUGGUAACAAUCAGUUCUCAUGAACAUGUAAAACUUGUCUGAUUCAAACAACUUAACUUUUUAAG